UCUUUUUUAUUCCCGCAGGUUUCAUAUUUGCCUUUGCAAUUAGUAUGCCUCUCUCUAACCCCUGUAUAGUCCUGUUGUUUUCCUGUGUGAAGGAGUUGUUCAGUUCUUUCUCGCCUGGUUUGGAAGUGUCUGAAGGACUUGGUUCUUGCAGCCUCAUCUCCUCCUCCCCGCCCUCUCCCCUGCCUCCCCCCUCCAGUUCCUGGCUAGAGGAGAGAGACUGUGUCAAUCGUGGGCAAAAAGACGGAGCAGACAAAAGGUCAUUUGUAAAGAACUGCUUCCAGCUCCUCUUCUCUUCUCCUCCUGCUCAAACUCAGAGCUUGAGCAUUUAAUAAGACUUCUCUGCCAAGAAGACUGAAAGGGAGAGAAGAAGAAAGAGCUGAAAGCCAAAAUGAAAAUCACAGCUCUCCUGGUUUUACUGAAUUUUCUGUUAGGGGGACACGCCAUGUCCACAAGCCGUCUCUCUUGUUAUAGGAAGAUUUUAAAAGAUCGCAACUGUCACAAUAUUCCUGAAGGAGUGGCAGACCUUAAACAGAUUGAUGGGCACCUCCAGGACCACUUCUGGGAUGGAAAAGGAUGUGAGAUGAUCUGUUAUUGCAACUUCAGUGAACUGCUAUGCUGUCCAAAAGACAUCUUCUUUGGGCCAAAGAUCUCUUUCAUCAUCCCUUGCAACAACCAGUGAGAAUCUCCAUAACGGCAGCGUGUCAUAAUCGAUUUAAAGUUCAAGAGAUGGACCCGAGUUAACCCAAGUUGGAAUCUUGACUCUAGCUCUUAACUAACUGUGAUCCUGAGGAAACUGCUUAAUCUUUUGGAGCCUAAGAUACUUAUCUGUAAAACGGAGAUAAUAGAACUUGUCUCUGAAGGAUGUUAUGAGAAUCAAAUGAGAUCAAAUGCUUUGCAAAACCUUAAAGUGCUAUAUGUAUUCUAGAGCAUAUCCCAAACAAAUCUGCACAAUAACAAUAUUGGUAAUAAAAAUAAAAACUUUAACUGU